ACAAACUGAAGACGUGUGCUUCGAAAUGUUUUAUGACGGUCUGCUUCGGGAGUUACCGAUCGAGAACCUCAUUAUUAUUCGGCGUGCGUCAUGUGCAAAUAGUGCUGAUCUUCUUUGGGUUGGUGCUUACGUACGCUAUGAGGGUCAACAUGAGUAUAGCCAUAGUUGCGAUGACCGAAACCCAGGGCGAUAGUGUAAGUGGUCCAUACAUUCGAGUGGAGUAUUGGGACCAAAAGCGUUAUUCUCUCAUCUUUCUUCUGGGGCUAUGUUAUCUUGCAAGUGCCUGCUGGUGAGUUGGCGAACAGAAUUGGAGGAAAAGUGCUAUUAGCAUCUUCGAUAGCUAUCAACUCUGUACUCUUAAUGAUCAUGCCUAUAUGUGCAUACUAUGGUGGUUGGCAGUCAGUGGUUAUCUGUCGCGUGCUGCAAGGACUUUCCCAGGGUGUAACGUUUCCUUCAGUACAUAAUCUACUUGGUAAAUGGGUCCCCGUCGAAGAAAAGAGCAGGCUUGGACAAUUCGUUUAUGCAGGUUCCCAAUUGGGUACUGCUCUUCAGUUAAUAACGGCUGGGUACAUAGCAGAUCGUUGGGGUUGGCCAAUGAUAUUCUACAGUGUGGGAAUUCUAGGUGGAAUCUGGACUGUCAUCUAUAUAAAAUUGGGAGCUGCUUCACCAAACACAUCCAAAUCAAUAAGAUCGGAUGAAAGAGCUUACAUUCAGAAUUCUUUAGAAACCGUAGAAGAAUAUAAGAAACUACCAACCCCUUGGAAACGUAUAUUGACAUCUAAACCGUUCCUGGCAUUGAUAUUAGUGCAUUGUGGAGAGAAUUGGGGAUUUUGGACUCUACUCACGGAGAUACCGUCUUACAUGGAAGUCGUUCUUGGUGUCGAUAUAAAAUCGAAUGGAGUUUUAUCGGCUCUUCCUUAUUUGUUGAUGUUUAUAUUGAGUUUUGUAUUCGCAAUAAUACUUGAUUAUUGUUUGAAAAAGCAGUGGAUCAGCUUAAGUGCUUCCAGAAAAAUAUCAAAUUCUAUUGGAUUUUAUGGCACUGCAGCUGCACUUACGGGAAUCGCUUGGUCAUCUGCCGAUAAUAAAGUACUGCCUGUUGUACUAUUGAUCUUAGCUGUGGGUCUUAAUGCUGGACACAUCACAGGGUUUGUGUUGGUACAUAUUGACAUGGCACCAAAUUUCGCUGGUACAUUAAUGGGUAUCACCAAUUUUGCCGCUAAUGUAGUAUCAAUAAUUGCUCCUUUAGUAGCCGGUAUUAUCCUCAAAGAUGAGACUGAUCCAAAGUAUUGGCAAGCGGUGUUCUUCCUAGCAGCUGGUGUGUUUGCAGUCACCAACACGAUUUUUUUAAUAUAUGGAACCAGCGAUAAACAGACAUGGGAUCGUCCAAUCGAUGAAUACUGCCCACUGAUUGAUGGAGUUCUCGAAAAACAUAGUAUGUAAGAGAUUGAGAAACAAUAAUGUUAGAUAAAUUAUGUUUUAUUAGUUACUUUAAUAAAUUACUCAAAAUGUUUUGUUUUCAAUUACGAAAUGUCAUGGUACUUAAGCUAACUGUUGUAAAUAUAAUUUAUAAUUUUUAUUUGUUUUAUUUUUACUAGCUGUUUUCUUUGUCUAUACCGGCGGAACGUAUACCCUAUUAUAAGCUGCGUAUAAUAUUUUUUUUAAUCGGACUAGUAGUUUCGGAGUCUAUUUAAUACAAAUAAAUGAUCAAAUUUUUAUAUCAAUAUUAGUUACUAAGUAAACCUUCUCGGUUGAGUCAAUGUAGAAAAUGGACUUUUUUAUAUAAUUGGGUUACACAAUAUAAACGCUUUAGCUACUUAGUUCUAGAUAUGAAGUAUAUAUGUGAUACUUUAAUAAUUUAAGGUUAAAUUUUAAGAUAGUAAACUAAACUAUUUCAUGUUCCAAGAAGUAGAACUAAUUGAUGUUUACAUCGGCCACUUUCUAGAUAGUAGAAAGUGGCCGAUGUAGAUAUAUUUAGAUAUAUUUAAUUCUAUGAUUAGCCGAUGUACAUGUAUACACAAUAGGGAUGAUGACUAAUUUUUGUUUGUAUAUCCGUCAGGCAGUGUUAAAAAAUAUUAAGCACGUAUUUUUUUAUUCUUUUCGUAAUCAUAAAAUUACUGCGUUACAUGGAGCUGAAAUUUCGCAUGACGUCACGUUAGGGUACGUUUUCUACUCAACUGUGACAUAGCGAGCGAGUCAACUUUAAUGCCAGUUAUCUAAGCUAUUUCUUGUUAAAUUGAGGUAAAAAAAAAUACGUAUCAUAUAUUUUUCUAUUAUCUGACUGAUGGACUAAAUAGAAUUGCAUUUUUUUUACCCAGUCAUCAUCCCUAUUGAUGUUAUAUUCAUUUUCUGUUCUAUCUUUUGCUUUAUAUGAUAGUAUUUUCAAAUAGCCUAAUAUAAUUAAGUCUUAACAAAGUUAUGUGUAGGUGUUAACGAAUAUAAAUGUAGCCGGGACAAAUGGCUUAGCCGGGCUUACGAUCUUUUAAUCUAUGGUCACCAAUCCUAUAAAAUUACACUUCAUCAUCAUCAUCAUCAUCACUUCAGCCGAGAGACGCCCACUGCUGGGCAUAGGCCUCCACCAAAGAUCUCCAAAGCGAUCGGUCCUGCGCCUCCCGCAUCCACUUACGAGGAUAAAAUAACACUUACGAGGAUAAAAUUCAGGAUCACUAAGUACGAAUUGCCAUUUUAAAUAGUUGAUAUUUAAGUUAUUAAAUUUAUUAAAUCAAUCCGUACAGAAAAUUGUGAAUUCAAAUAUAAUUUACAGGAAUAAUGGCCUUUCAUACAAUGUUAUUUCACAGAAGAACAGGGAUUUAUUAAUUUUCUAAAAAAAUAUUGAUAAACUAUUACACCAGAUGUUAGGAUUAUAUUUUUUUUCCAGCAAGUGUGUUAUAAAAUUAAAUUAAAGGUGCUUUGUGGUUAACACGAAUGCAGAAAAUUUCUGAAAAGCUAUUUUUGUUCUAUAUAAUUUAAAGUAUAUUCAUCUGUUAAAAACUUUUUACUUGUCAACUUGAUAAAAAACAAUGCCUGAUUUGGUUUUCAUCAUUUUUCGAAUUUUUCUGCUUUUGGUAUUACCAAAAUACUAUACCUCCCAUACAAAGAUUGUAUCUUCAAAGAUAAGGUAGUUCGUACUAAGAAAACUUGCAUCAAAAUAAAUUAAAUCCGUUCCACAAAC